GCCAUACAUAAACGUCGUUUGAACUUCUAGGCUCAAAAGUUUUCCUAGUUUAUAGCAGUAGUGUGUGUGCACUACUUCUAGUUUCUAAAAGAGAGUUUUACAACUGCUUUCUUCUUCCCCAGCAAAUAUCAAUUGACAAUUUUUCAUCUCUAAAUUGAACCAGUCUUCUCUGUUAGAUGGCCUCCAGUGCUCUUACUUGCCUCUCUUCCGUCUUGAGUGAUCUGCAGUUGCUGGAGAACCUGCAUCCUGAUCCAGAACACGAUGAUUUGGGCAUAAUGAAAGGGUGGCUAAGAAGUAUCAAAACAUUUCUUUUGUGCACGAGAAACUGGGGCAACGAUGAUGAUGCAAGUCUAGGAGCACUUAUAGAGAGGAUAAAUGAAUCCACUUACAAAUUGGGACUGGGGAUUCAUACCAUCUACCUUACUAGUCUGGAAGUUGGAUUGCCUGAGAACCUUGUGGAAGUUCUGCCCACAGAGUCAGAAGUGGACUUCGAAUUUAUACAGCAAGGCAUCAAAAACUGGAUUUGACAGUGAAGAUUUGGUGAAAUUAGUCGAAGUCCUUAAAGAGAAGCUAAAAUUCUUGAAAAACUUCGUCGGUUUUGUCACACUGCACGGUGUUGAAGAUGGGCAAUUGGGACCUUUAUUCGUCCACACUGAAUUUAUCACUGCCAAUGCAGCGCGCCUCUCUUUUACAUGGAACUCUGACCCUUCCUCAACGAGAAAUCAUAUUACAGACCUGCUGCAGAAGAUUAUCCCUCCAGAAUCCCAAGUCCAUGAGACGUGUGUCCAGGCCCUAAUCACUUCAAAGUUCUCAAGACACCCAUACGGGGACUCAGACGAGCUUGUGUUGAGAGACUUCCUAGAGUCUCUCCAAUGUAAUAUAUGGUCGAUCCUAAAGUCUUGUACUUUUCGUAUGAUCUCUGUCAAGUUUCAACUGCAAAUUCUUUGGGAGGGGUUUAGAUACCUGAGAACCAUUUUCAAGGAGAAGCCCAAGAAGUUUGAUGAGAAGGUGAGAGAUCUUACUGGACUUGUGCUCUGCGAUGCAGGACUUUAUCUUUUGUCUCUUUCUCUGAACGCUACAAAUGAUGGAUUCAUAAGGGAGAUGGAUCUUGUGUCACCUGAUUUGCUGGAAAAUAUGAAUCUUAUCAAGUUAACAGUUGCAGAGGAAUGUCUCGAAACAUCACCAUUUAACUUUCCCAGGACAAAUGCUUUGGGAUUUAUUGAUUUUCUUCUAAAAUAUAUGAGGGAAUUGACAAGUUCUGAAGCCAGUUUAGCCGCUCUUGCAGAUCAUCCAGUUCAGACAAUCCAGAAAGACCUUGGUUUCUUACGCUUUUUCGGGGGGAAAAUUGUGGAGAUGCGCAAUGGAGAUGAGGAGCUCCAAGCACUCUGGGACCGUGUUGUGGAGGUCGCAUACACGGUGGAGUUUCCUAUCGACUCCGUACUUGUUGGAGAUAUUCUAGAUUCCUGUUCACUGUCAUUUGAUUCCAUUGUAGAAGAAAUUGAGUCCAUCAAGUCUGAGGCCUCGAAGAUCUUUGACAGCAAAAGACCUGACGUCAAAGAGAAGGAAGUUACCAAGAGACCCAAUCCGCCUCCAGCACAGGGAAGUAAGCCAACAAACAAUGAUGUGGUGGUGGGAUUUGAGGAUGAGGCAACCUCAAUAAUCAAUCGACUCACAAGAGGAUCACGCCAAGUGCAAAUAGUUCCCAUUGUAGGUAUGCCAGGACUUGGCAAGACAACUUUAGCUAAAAAAGUUUACAAUGAUUCCUCUAUUAUUUCCUAUUUUUAUACACGUGCUUGGUGUACUGUUUCUCAAGUUUAUGCCAUGAAAAACUUGUUGCUUGAAAUAUUGACUUGUAUUGAGUCCAAGCAUUCUGAAAAAUUUUUUGAGAUGAGUGAAGAAGAUCUGGCCGCAGAAGUCAAAAAAGGCUUGCUAAGGAAUAGAUAUCUCAUUGUUUUUGAUGAUGUAUGGGACAUGGAAUUAUGGAACAGAUUGGAAGCCUCAUUUCCCAAUGAUGGAAAUGGAAGUAGAGUUAUCAUGACAAGCCGACUCCGUGAUGUUGUUCCACAAGAUAAUCUCCACCAAGAGCCUCAUUAUCUUCGUCAGCUCACUCAUGAUGAGAGCUGGGAUUUGCUAAAAGAGAAGUUAUGUCCCGGAAAAGAUUUGCUUCCUUCCGAAUUAAGUGAACUUCGGAUGCAAAUUGUGGAAAUGUGUCAAGGAUUACCUCUCACAAUUGUCAUUCUAGCAGGAAUUCUAGCGAACAUGGACCCAUCUGGUUGGAAAGGAGAAGUGCAAAGUUUAAGUUCGAGAAAUGUUUCUAGCACAGACCAAUGCACUACAGCAUUAGAGCUGAGUUACGAACAUUUACCAGAUAAUUUGAAACCAUGUUUUCUUUAUUUUGGAGGAUUUCCAGAAGACCAUGAACACACUGUCAAGAGGUUGAUUUGGUUAUGGGUCACUGAAGGAUUUGUGCAAGCAACUGAUCUAAAGAGUGCAGAGGAUGUGGCAAAUGAUUACAUGAUGGAUCUCAUUAACAGGAGCUUAGUCAUGGUUUCGAAACAAAGAUCCAUUGGUGGAGUCAAAACUUGUCGCAUUCACGAUUUGUUGCAUGAGUUCUGUGUGGAAAAAGCCAAAGAAGAAAACUUUUUGCAGCUGGUACGUGGGUAUGAUGAAUUGUAUACUUUGAAUGUGCCACGCUACCUACGUCGCCUAUGCAUCAACUCCACGACGAAGGACUUCAACGAGUCAAGGUUAGCUUUUCCCACGGUUCGAUGUCUAUUAUUCUUCGCACAUGGGACAUGGGAAUUAUACCCGUGGUUUGGUCUUCCAUUCAACUUUCACCUCUUCAAACUUCUCAGAGUGUUAGAUUUAAGCCAAAUAAAUCUAAAAGACACAUUUCCUAGAGAAAUAGAAUUACUUGUUCACUUGAGGUACUUGGCAAUUCUUGGUGAUGUGUACAUCCCAUCAUCUAUCGCCAAUCUCCAGAAUUUGGAAACUUUUCUUGCAUCAUCAACGUCGUUGCCAGACACUCUGUGGAAUUUGAAGAAACUAAGGCAUUUAGUAUGGAUAGGUCAGUUUUCAUUUGGUGGUUUUCGUUUGCCCACCGAAAAUCUUGACAAGUCUCCACAGUUGUGUAAUUUAGAUACCUUGUCUCGUGUGAUAAUUUUUUCUUGGGAGAACAGGGACAAGAUAUUUAAAAAGUUUCCAAAUAUCCGCAAGUUUAAAUGUGAGCUCACAGCACCUCAUCAUCCUGCUAAGCAGCAGGGUGACAACAUUCUAGCACUCGACUUUUCAAGUCGACUUGAAUCACUCAGUUUGAGAGUCCCGAAAGGCUUUGGUAAGCCAUAUCCAGUGGAAUUUCAUUUGUCAUUGACUGUUAGAAAAUUGACUCUAUCCGGCUUUUGCUUGCCAUGGAGCAAAAUAUCAGCAGUUGCAAAUCUUCCCAAUCUCGAGGUUCUCAAAUUACUCGAGGAAGCCUUUGUAGGGGAAACAUGGGACUUAGAAGGAGAGGAAUUCCCUGAACUUAGAUUCUUGAAGUUAGCUUCCUUGGACAUUGUCAAAUGGACUGCCUUCGAGUGCGAGAACAGUUUUCCUCGUCUGCAGAAAUUGGUGUUGGAAAAGUGUCAUAAUUUGGAGGAGAUUCCUUCUUCCUUGGGGAAUGUUUCAACUCUUGAUACAAUUGAGGUGAUUGAUUGCCCCAAAUCUGAAACUUCAGUAAACGAAAUUCAGGAAGAACAAAUCAGCAUGGGAAAUACUGGUUUCAAGGUUAUGACGUCCUUCAAGAGGAGUUCAUGAAUGUUGAUCUUCCGAAUUGUUUUUGUUUUCUUGCAGAGGUAGCUUACCCAUUUUUCAGUUUCUUUUUCAAUUCUUCACUUCUGUACUACUAUUGGUUAUGUUGCAUCUA